AUGGGGGAUGACGCCUCCCGAGUGGCAAUAGAACACGCAGCAUCGAGAACCCUUCCACUUACUGCAGCCUUCCCUCCCGCUGGAGUCAAGGAGAGGACGCCAGCCGUCACAACGAAGGGCGCAUGCGAAAGCCACAAAAGAGCCUCCGGCGGAGAAGGAGUGACAGCAGCAGCCGCAGCAGCAGCAGCAGCUGGCGGAGGGGGAGAGGCAUGCACCGAGGUCACCCCAACUCCCGUCGCAGACGCCUCCGUAGCAUCGGCUGCUUCAACUGCAGUAGCAGCAGCAACUGCGGCAGCGGCAGCAGAAACUGCAGGAGCCACUCCUGACGUUGCUGCCGAGUCUGAAGCUCUUGGCAGCGCUGCACACGGACUGCCCAGCGUGUGGAGGUGGCCUGGAGCGCUUCUCUUAGGCGAGCUUUCCCAGCUGCCCUUCGUGGAAGCAGGAGGCAGCAGAGACAGAGGAGGCGGAUCCUUAGAGGAAGCGGCUGCAGAGUGGCUCUCAGGAGACGCUGAGGAAGACUCUCAGACUGGCGGAAGUCUUGCAUGCACGAAGGAGGACGCUAGGGAGGGAGCGCAGAAACGCGAUCACUCGCCACGCCGACGCGAGAGCCCCCCCGACAAUCCAGAAACAAUGCAGAGGAGGCGUCUGCAGGAGCGACACCCCCGCAGAGUGCAGCAGCUUGCUUCUCCAAGUCGGCAGGAAGCGCAGCACUGGCCGCAGCAGGAACCGUGGGAAGCUUCUGAAUUGGAAGACGCAGAUGUCGCAGCACGUCAAGAGUUGAGCGGGCAACGACACGCUGCGGUGAUGCAGAAAAAGAAAAAGAAAGCGCUUCCUCAAGACUGCAAUGCGUGUGCAGCAUGCCAGGCAGACCAGCAGCAGCAAGUGCAGCCAGUGCAGCCAGUGCAAGUUCAACAGGUGGUGCGCUCAACGAAAAAUGCCGCGGAUGCAAAGGAGCUUCCUCAGGAACAGGACCCCGAGCAGGAGAGCCUUGUGAACCAUUCGAAUACGCAGAAACGCGGUAGCGACAGCAGCGCGAGCUGCGUGGAUAUGCUUUGCAGGACCAAGUCUCUGGGAAGCAGCGGGCUGUCGCAGCCGCCGUUGCAUGAGCCGCAUCAGGAGGUGCUCUUGUCGCCUCAGAUACCGCUUUGUGCAGCGGAUCCACGCGUCGUGGGAGCCAGCGAGGAGGCCCUUGCGAUCAGAAGCCGUGCUUCGUCUUCGACGCAGCUUCGCUCUAGCGGUGAGGUGGCAGCAACGGCAGCGAGAAGUGACGCUGCAGCCUUGGAACCGUCCUGUGGUGUGGCGAAGUCGCCCUCCGGUGCGGCUGCUUGCGUUGGCGGACUGCGAUUUAUGGUGCAGACACCGCGCGCAGCUCCUGCGACUUCAGGCAGCAGACGGUCAGCGUUGUUUGAGCCUGCCAGUGAAAGACUAGGAGGCCCUCGGCAGGGGGGAGGGGGGGGCCCCUCCUCGUCUCCUGAGGAGCCGCCUCUCCCGAAAAGUCGCAAGACGUUUCAGGCGUUCCAGCCAUGCAGGAGGAAAAGCGACGUGCAGGCCCUCGGAAACAUGCCAAAAUGUUUGCGCGGCGGGAGCAGGGAGGCUGCUCGUGGGGAAAGCCGCUGUCGCAGCUCUGCGAGCAAGAAGGCAGGCUCCUCGACACAGCCGAAAAGGUUAGCCGUCGCUGCAGCAGGAGCAGCCAGAGGGGGUGCCGCAGCCGCGUCGGGAGCAGCAGCAGGUGCAGCAGGUGCAGGUGCAGCAGAUGCAGGUGCACAGCAGGGAAGCUUGCGCAGCAAUUCGUGCUUCUUAGGCCUCUCAGACGCGGCUGUGCUUUUGUGGAGAGCCGCCGCGCUACGCGGAGAGGGCCUCCCCACAGCGACUCCGCUUCGGACGCUUGCUGGCGUGGAUUUGGAGGCCACUUAUACCGUUACAGCCAACGCAGUUAGCACCACGCAUGCAGCAGCACAGGAGUUCCCUGCUGCGGCGUCGUCGGCGUCUGUGAAUUCGGCUCCAGCGCUAGAGGAUCCAGUGCCAUGUGCUCCUGUGCGCUACGGGGCAGGGGCCUUAGGGAAGGGUUCGCUCGGCAUUGUGCCUCCGCUCGUUUUACAGGAUACCUUGUCGCCUUCUUCAAGGGAUAUCGGCACCCCUAGAGGUCGCCCCGCCCUUGCUAGAGAAUAUGUGGAUUUUCUGAGUUCCACGAGCAUUAUCGAGACAUCGCUGCUCUCGCCUCAGCCUUCCCCGUUGCCCUCUGUCGAAACCCAGACGACGUCAGGGGUGGGUGGGAUUGUUGUCGACGCGCUCCUUGGUCGCAGCUUUGAGAAGCCUUACGAACCAGAGGGAAGAUAG